UUUUCAGCUCCAUACUACACAUUUGUUAAAGAAGCAACAUCGGCCCCACCAAUCUCAUACUUCGACUACAUAAUCAUCGGCGGAGGAACCUCCGGCUGCCCCUUAGCCGCCACCCUCUCCCAAAACGCCACCGUUUUGCUCCUCGAAAGAGGAGGCUCUCCCUACACCUUUCCAGAAACAACCGACACCAUCAACUUCGCUCGAACUCUCUCCGACAUCUCCCCCUCCUCACCAGCUCAGCAUUUCGUCUCCGAGGACGGCGUCUAUAACGCCCGAGCCCGGGUUCUCGGCGGUGGCUCUGUCAUCAAUGCAGGGUUUUACACGCGCGCUAGUGAUAAGUACGUGAAGGAAGCUGGGUGGAAGCCGGGGUUGGUUAAGAGUUCAUACGAGUGGGUGGAGCGGAAGGUGGCCUUCGAGCCGCCGAUGUUGCAGUGGCAAUCGGCGGUCAGAGAUGGGCUGAUUGAGGUCGGGGUGUUGCCUUAUAAUGGGUUCACGUUCGAUCAUCUUUACGGGACUAAAGUUGGCGGCACGAUCUUCGACAGGAACGGCCACAGACACACUGCUGCCGAUCUGCUCGAGUACGCAGAUCCGACCCGAACUGUGGUUUAUUUGCAUGCUACUGUUCAGAAAAUCUUGUUCGCCACAAAAGGGAGAUUAAGGCCGAGGGCGUACGGAGUGAUAUUCAUAGACGAAUCUGGAGCGACCCACAGGGUGGAGUUGCUGGAGAACUACAAGAACGAGAUAAUCUUAUCGUCCGGUGCGAUUGGGAGCCCACAACUGUUGAUGCUGAGUGGGAUUGGGCCGAGUCAGCAUCUUCGUGUUCACGAUAUCGACGUGUUGUUGGAUCAGCCGAUGGUGGGUCGAGGGAUGGCCGAUAACCCCAUGAAUGCUCUGUUCAUACCAUCGCCACUCCCGGUGGAGGUCUCCCUCAUUCAGGUCGUCGGCAUCACCAGUUUUGACAGCUAUAUUGAAGCCGCCAGUGGGUUGACCUUCGCUUCUUCUUGGGCUCAUAGGCUUUUUGAUGAACUCGCGUCUCUCACCAACCAGACAGGGAAGAAACCGAUAGAGAUGCCACCAGACUCAAUCAUGGCUGAUAUUCUGAGAGACUGGAGCAGUGCAGACACUCAGCCAAACGCCACAAUGGGAGGCGGAGUGAUCCUGGAAAAAAUCAUGGGACCUAUCUCUUCCGGUCAUCUGGAACUUCGAACAACUAACCCAAACGACAAUCCCUCCGUCACUUUUAAUUACUUUCAAGAACCAGAAGACCUGAGACGAUGCGUUGAAGGCAUGACCACCAUCACCAACGUUAUCAACUCCCAUUCUUUCUCCAGAUUCCGGUUCAAGGAGAUGACAGUGCGAGGUCUGAUAAACCUGAUGCUGACCCUGCCCGUGAACACGAGGCCUAAACACGCCAGUGCUGCGUUUUCGUUAGAGCAGUUCUGCAAAGACACAGUGAUGACUAUAUGGCAUUAUCACGGCGGCUGCCAAGUGGGGAGAGUCGUUGAUCAUAAUUACAGAGUCUUUGGUGUUGAUGGGUUAAGGGUCAUUGAUGGCUCUACUUUUUAUCGAUCUCCAGGGACGAAUCCUCAGGCUACAGUCAUGAUGCUUGGAAGAUACAUGGGAUUGAGGAUUCUCCAUGACAGGAUUGCUCAAGGACGGUGGAAGUAAUUUAGCAUGAUCUCAUCUUCUACUUUAUUCUUUGUUUCUUGUUUCAGAAGGAGAUAAUUGAGAUAAUCUUUUGCAGCACAGAAGGAACUAAGGGUUUGAUUAAAUGAACUUAUUUAGAAAAAUGCUUCCGCACAGAUUAUUUAUCUGUAAAAGACAGUUGAAUAUAAUAUUCCAAACUAGUGAAGGCAUGAAUAUUUAUAACCUAACACUGGGUUUGGUAUAUAGAUUUCUUUUAUUUUCUUCGUUCAUUAAUAUUGCAUUAAAUGGUUGAAAACAAACAAAGAAUUUUUGGAUAUCAUCAAUGUGCAAAUUAAUGCACUGAUCAGAAGGUAGAAGAAAUAAGCAGAAGCAGUCGCAGGGCAACUCUCCUUUGGCAAGUUAUAUGACCUUCUGGGCACUAUCAUCACCUGCCAAGAAAGAGGUGCCCUACAACUGAUUUGCUUAGGAAAUUAAUCAUCACCAUAAACAGGUUCCUCCACCUGCUUUUUUCUUUUCUUCUCGA